GGAACCGGAAUGUGCAUGGCAGAGACUCCUGGAUACUUCAUAGUCACAGAUUACUUCGACAAGCACAAUGCCAUUGCCAACGGCAUUCGUUCGGCCGGCAACCCGAUGGGCGGUCUCGUGUUCUCUCCCUUAGUUGUGUUGUUACACCAGAAAUUUGGCUUCCAGGGAGCGUUCGUCAUGAUGGCAGGCAUCACGCUCCAUUUGAUACUCAUCGGUAUGCUCGUAAGGUCAUUUGAGCAACAAAAGACGAUCCUUGAAGCCAGACGUUGGCAAGAAAUGCUAUCGAGCAAACAGAAUGCAAGACUCAGAAGUCUCAGCCUCCAGCUGCAAGACGUGAGGAGGGCAAAGAGAAAGCCCUUAGACUGUGGCUUUUUCAAGAACCCCUUGUACCUGACCUAUCUGUUCGUGGUCGUUAGCACAACAGCCGCUCUGCCAAACGCUCUCUUUUACCUGCCGGUGUACGGUAAAUCCAUAGGCCUCACCGACAUGCAGAACUCGAUGCUUUGCUCGUACCACGACCUCUGUGACCUGGCCAUGCGGUUAUUUUGCGGCUGGGUGUUCAGCCACAAGACCCUCAACAAGAUUCAUGGAUUCGUAGCAGGGCUUGUCGUGGGAGCUGCAGGGUGCUUGGUCACACCCCUCUGUGGCUCCUUAUGGCAACUUAUCAUCCCAACCACCAUGUUCGCCCUCUGCAUGGGGUUCUUCUGGACUCUGAUCAACGUCCUCCUAAAGGAUCAGUUUGGAGGUGAGGCCAUGUCCUCCACUUGGGGCUUCUUCAGGAUGGUGCAAGGCAUCUGCAGCUUCAUGUACCCUCCUUUCAUAGGUUUCAUCAUGGACUAUUCUGGUGGAAUGACAACUCCCUACGUAUUCAUGGGUUCAAUGUUGGCCCUCGCAGCAGUCACGUUUUCAUCGCAAUAUUUCUGGACAAGAAAGACUGAUCUCGUUACGGACGACAAUUCGGAUUAGGGGUAAGCGCGAGAAGGGCACGUCGUGUACGUGCACGUGACCGAUGUUCAUUCCUUGCGUGACAUCAUUUCCUUGUAAAUAAAAAUGACUGCUCAUUUCCAUUUAUCAAAUAAAACAAUCAACCUAAGAUAUUAUAUUACUGUAUGGAGGAUUCCUACAUGAUGCCCUGUGCUUGGGUAUGAGUUGUAUGUGGGAUCCAGGAGCUGAUAUGGUUCUGUACAUAGAACCUUGAUGGUACAGUACACAGAGCUGAUGCAAACCAGUCCUGAGUGCUACAAGGGUUCCCAGGUAGUGUGUAAGACAUAGGUUAAGCAUAUCUUAGUUUAACCAGACCACUGAGCUGGCUAACAGCUCUCCUAGGGCUGGCCCGAAAGAUUAGGUAUUUUUGUGUGGCUAGGAAACAACUGGUUACCUAAGCAACGGGGCCUACAGCUUAUAAUUGUGGGAUCUAAAGCACAUUAUAUCGAGAAAUGAAUUCCUAAUCGGAGAAUGAGCUUGCAACUACCGAAUCUGUAGGCGAGCACGUAAACCACUCGUCCAAUGAGGAACUUGUAAGACGGCAUAGUAAUGUUGCUCAUAGCUUCCCCAGGGUGAUUCUAGUGUGCCUACUGAAAGACCAUUCUGCAGGAGAAUAACAGGUAAAACUGAAGACUACUACU